UUUUCGAGCAGAAAGCGAGUUCUUCGGUCCGGUCGGAUACGCAACAUGAUUGAUUAUUAAUAAGAUAACGUGCUAUAUUUACCACACUUUCUUAACCUUUUAGAUCAUUCAACGUCUCAACUUCAUUGUGAAUUAAAGACUUCUCGAUGAUCGUAACGAUUUUAGUGUUUGUUAUAAUUUUACUUGCUGUUUUUCAUUAUCAUGUUCACUGUGGAAGAAAAGGAAAACUUGUGAAUAAAAUUCCAGGUCCAAAAACUAUUCCAGUUUUGGGAAAUGUGCAUCAAUUUAUGCUUCCUAAUGAUCAACUUUGGAAUGCUCAAAGAGUUCUCUGCAAAGAAUACUACCCAAUCAGCAGAAUUUGGUUGGGUGGAAUGAGCGGUAUUGGGAUUUGCCAUCCAGAAUAUACACAAAUACUACUGACCAACACAAAGAAUAUAGAAAAAAGCAUGAUCUACAAUUUAUUCCAUCCUUGGCUCGGCACUGGAUUGCUCACUAGCACUGGUGAAAAAUGGCAGAGACGACGCAAAAUGUUGACACCAGCCUUCCACUUUAAUAUACUUAAAGGAUUUGUCGACAUUUUUGUUGAAGAAGCUGAAAAAUUGAUUCAAUCCUUAAAAAAAGAGGGCGAUGUGUUGAUUAAGGACAUUGAACCACUUUUAACGAAAUUCACAUUAAAUUCUAUAUGUGAAACUGCAAUGGGCACUUCGCUAGAAAGUAUGAAUGAAGAAGGUCAAUACAGAUCAGCUGUUCGAGAAAUGGGUGACUUUAUUUUCUUUCGGCUACUAAGACCAUGGUUUCACUUCGACUGGUUAUUCAGCAUAACUCCAUCAGGGUUCAAACAGCGAAAAAUUAUAAAAAUAUUGCAUGAUUUCUCAACUCAGAUUAUUGACGAUCGAAAAAAGUAUCAUGAAGAGGCUUUCCCGAUUCAAAAGAGUGAAGCCGAAGAUGAAGUGUUUGAAAAAAAGAGAAUGGCUAUGUUGGACGUUAUUAUAUCUGCAUCGAAAAAUACUGGUAUUAUUGAUGAUGAAGGAAUUCGUGAAGAAGUUGAUACUUUUGUUUUUGAGGGACACGACACGACAGCUAUGGGUUUAAUCUUUGCCGUAGCACUAUUAGCAGAACAUAAAGAAAUUCAGGAACUGGCGAGAAAUGAAAUUUGCGCAGUAUUGAAGGAAAGUGAAGGAAAAAUGGGAAUGGCAGAAAUAAAUCGUUUCGUUUACUUGGAGCGAUGCAUUAAAGAAUCAUUAAGGUUAUAUCCCAGCGUGCCUGUCAUAACAAGGGUUAUUCGAGAGGAUUUAAAAAUGAAAGAUUAUUUAAUACCAGCUGGUUCCAACGUCCACUUGUAUAUUUACGACCUGCACAGAGAUCCGAAUUUCUGGCCGAAUCCCGAAAAAUUCGACCCGGACAGAUUUUUGACCGAAGAAAUUCAAAAGAGACACCCUUUUUCCUACGUGCCAUUCAGUGGAGGCCAGCGUAACUGCAUUGGUCAGAAGUUUGCGAUGUUGGAACUGAAGACUCUGAUAGCUCAUCUACUGUAUCAUUUUAACUUAGAAGCGAUCGAUCGGGCUCAUGAGGUUGUCAUAAUUCAAGAUUUAGUCUUGAGACCCAAACAUCCAGUUCGAGUGAAAUUUAAAUCGAUUCCUAGAUUUUAAGCUCAAAAACAAAAUUAUCAUGUUAAUAAUAAAAUAUAAUUACACAAAGCGAACUUAAUAGAAAACUGUAUUAAUUUAAGUUACAUUUUGUAAGACACAAAUAUAUAGAUAAACGUUUAUUUUUCGGCCUGCUGGC